CAGAAAGGGGCAUUGAGUAUGCAGCUGACGAGAGAAGGCAGUGUGCUUGAGCCGAGAUAGUUCAGCUCUUGCGCCAAGACUGACGAAUCCGUCGCUCGUUGUCGCCACCACCAUCAUAAAUAUCUCGGAAAUCGCCCUCCUUUCUCUUGUCCUUUCGCCUUGACUCUAGCAUUAAGCCACGCACUAUUAUGGAAUCCUCACGAAGAGCUGAUGUCAUUGUCAUUGGCGCCGGUCUCUCCGGCCUGACAGCCGCGUCAGAACUACACCAAAAGGGCAUCGACGUUAUUGUCCUGGAAGCAUCAUCCAGAGUGGGCGGCAGAGUAUAUUCAACGACAAGCAAACUCGGCUCAAAGCUGGACCUGGGUGGCCACUGGAUUGGCCAUGAUCACCACCAUCUCACAGCGUUGAUCGAAAAGGCGGGUGGCACAAUAUACAAGACUUUUACUCGAGGCUUGCCCAAGAUUGUUCACGCCAAGAGAGUCAUCCCCAUAUACUCUCCAUCUGCGCUUCUCUCUUUGAUCUAUCUUGCCUUCAUUGAGAUUCUGGUAAAGAUUCACAUUCCCAAGAGAUGGGCCCAUGUCACGGUAGACACAGCCAUCAAUUAUUGUGUCCCCUUCGAGACUGCUCGUCUCUUGCUGUCCAUCCUCGCGACCGUCACAACCACAGCGGAUUUGAAGCGGUUCUCAAUGUACAGUCUCGGGAAAAUGAUGUCUCUGUCCGGUGGUCUCAUGACGAUGAUGGAAACCAAUGGUGGCGCGCAAGACAGCCUGGUAACAGAAUCCAUCGGUAUUUCGACAUCCAUGAUAGAAAACCAACUUUCCGGCAGAAUCCUAACAGAUAUGGCGGUUUCAAACAUUUUUCAAGAGGACAAGGCAGUUCUUGUCAAGGUAGCAUCAGGACAGACCUUCACAGCAUCAAAGGCCAUCAUCACUAUCCCACCGCCCAUGCUGAAGUCUGUCACGUUCGAGCCAGCCUUGCCAGAUGACCGCAUUGCCCUGCAAGAUAAUCUGCAAAUGGGCAUCGUUUAUAAGUCAAUCGCCGUGUUUGAGCAGCCGUUCUGGCGCGAUGGGUUUGGAGGGGAGAUUAUCGUGCUGGAUGACCCUGCUUGUGGCGUGUUCGACACGUCGCCGCCUGAUGGACCAGGCCACCUAUGCUUCCUCGUUACGGGACCACCAGCACGCCAGCUUGAUUCGCUAGAAGUUAAUGAUAGGCGUGAUCUCUUGCUUUCGCGACUCGAGCCAUACCUCGGUCACCAGGUGCUUAAGCCUGCUGACUGGCUCGAGAAAUCCUGGCAAACGGACGAGUUCUGCGGUGGUGGUUAUAUGGCGUUCCCACUUGCCGGCACUACUGCUUGUCAGUUGCCUUUGCCUCAUGAGCCAAUUGGAAACCUACACUGGGCUGGAACGGAAACGGCACAGGAACACCCUGGUUAUAUUGAAGGAGCCAUUCAGUCUGGCAUGCGUGCUGCGUCAGAAGUUGUAGAGACUAUACGCUCUACAAAGUGAGAGAUUAUGGAACGUAAAUUUGAUAUUAUUUACCAUUGUAAUACUAUUAUUUUUAAAUCAUCUUGAUCUUUAUUUAUAUUUUAUGAGAAUUAUUUGAAGCACGUGCAAUUAUAUAUAACGUGGUUCACGGGCGAGCGCCGCACACGGGCGAGCGCUGCACCCAAAAACACAUACAAAUUAAUACAAUUUUAAUUCUACUAUAAAUUCCAACUAAAAUAUAUAAAUA